AUGGACUUUCUUUUUGGACGGAGUAAAACACCACAAGAAUUACUUCGACAAAAUAAACGUGCUUUAGAUAAAGCUAUGAGAGAUUUAGACAGAGAACGUCAACGUUUAGAAGGAACUGAGAAGAAAGUAAUUGCCGAUAUUAAAAAAAUGGCAAAAAUGGGACAAAUGGUUGGUUUUAUUUUAAAUAAAUUUAUUUUUAUUAUUAUUCAAAAGGAUUCUGUUAGAAUUAUGGCUAAAGACUUAGUUAGAACUCGACAACAUAUCAAAAAAUUUAUUAUGAUGAAGGCUAAUAUUCAAGCUGUUGCUUUAAAAGUUCAAACUUUAAAAAGUCAAGAUGCUAUGGCACAGGCAAUGAAAGGUGUUACUCGAGCAAUGCGUAGCAUGAAUAGACAACUUAAUUUACCCCAAAUUCAAAAGAUUAUGAGUGAUUUUGAACGUCAGUCUGAAAUAAUGGAAAUGAAAGAAGAAAUGAUGAGUGACGCUAUAGACGAUGCUAUGGGUGAGGGAGACGAGGAAGAAGAGACUGAACAAGUUGUUCAACAGGUUCUUGAUGAAUUAGGAAUUCAAAUGAGUGAAGACUUAAAUAAAUUGCCGACAGCUGCAGAUGCCUUAAAUAAUGCUACUCGUGACGGUCAACGACAACCACAAGCAUCAAUGGCAGUAGUAGCUGGUGGAAGCGGGGGAAAUAAUAAUGUGGGUGAUGUUGAUGCUGAUUUACAGGCUCGUUUAGAGAAUUUACGUCGUGAAUAA